GAGAGAGACAAUCAAUUAUUGGUUUAAUUAUUCACUUCACUCCAUAGCGCUCCGUUCUUUUGAUUAACCCGCGCAAAAAGUCUGCUUAUGUCGAAUGUCGAAUCUGGGCCUUGUGUUGUAAUCGGCCGACGAGCCUGGUCUAGAAGUGUCGGACUCGUUCCCGACUGCAUCGUCCAAUUUGUACACAAAACUUAACUGUACGUCGGUUAUUAUGUAGUGGGUACGGGUACGGAAGGGGAAAAUAUUUUGUACCGACUGUACUUGGAGAAAGAAAGCCAAAUUGCGAAAACUACGAUGAAAGUUCACUCUCACUCGGUUCUACUUCUACUUUAGCAAGGAAAAAUUUGUAAAUUGAUGAUAUUUCAGGAGUAAAGACGAGGCAGACAAUGUCAUUCCUUUGUGGGCCGAUGAGAUUGAGAACCAAAAAGAGAAGAGGAGAUAGUGAAUCGUUACUCCAUGAUGACAACGUACUCACCGCUGCCAAGAUUCCCAACGAUCCUGCCUCGCAGAUGACAGUUCUUUAUGACUUCAUCAGCUGUCUGAAGGAUGAAUUAAGUGUCAAUAAAGGGCAGACUGUGGAUAUCUUAGAUGUGGAUAGAAAGUGGGCCUAUGUGGCAUCAGGCAGUGGCCGGGGCUUCGUACCCUUGUCAUGUCUGGGACCUUCUUCAGCACCUAAGAGAUCUGAUUCCAGCACUAUCGGCAAACCUCACACAGAACAUGAAGAUAGCCCAAGUCGGACGGGUACUGAAAGUGUGUUUGUGAGAGACCCCAACGGUCAGUAUGUAGUGCUGUAUGACUUCACUGCCCAGGAUGAGAAUGACUUGUCUGUAGUCAGUGGUGACUGUGUCAUGUUACUGAAUGAAGAUGAUCCUGAUUGGACAUGGGUACAGAAGAGCGACGGAGCCGAAGGCUUCGUGCCCAGAGCCUACUUAUACUCCGACAGUAUCCCAACAGAUAAUGUAUCAGUGUCAUUGUCUGUGCAAGACUCGUUGCCAUCAUCAGAAGCACAUCUUCACAAACUACAGCUGUGUGGAACAGAGUUAAUGUCGCUGUAUGAUUAUCAGGGUCGCAUUGCAGAUGACCUGACUGUUGUGAGGGGAGAUUUACUGUACGCCGAUAUGACCAAUCAAACACACGAUGAAUGGAUAUGGGCUUACUGUCCCAGAACACAGACGUGUGGCUUUAUACCAAAGGGCUAUGCAAGACCACCGGCCAUCGAAUAGAACAAUUGUUUCAUACUGUACUUAUCUGGAUAAUAAUAGUGGGUAUUUAUAAAGCGCACGUAUCUACCAGGACUGGUGCUCAAGGCGCUUCAUCAAUAUUACCCCUGCUCAUUGGGCCCAUGAAACAUUCCAAAUACUAUCUCAGCUCACUUGGGAGUAUACAGCUCGAUGCAGCCUGUUCAGUGCAAGGAAGCUAAUUCAAUCACAAUAACCAUCUCUGCCCUCACAGGUACCCAUUAACUCCUGGGUGGAGAAAAGCAAUGAGUGACAAAGUGCCCUGCCCAAGGGCACACGCACCAUAACCCCAGGGUGGACUCGAACCCACAACCUGCAGCUUUACCCCCGGAUCACAAAUCCAAUGCCCUUAACCACAAGGCCACAGCACUGGAUAGAAUGGAUUGCUUAACAAAAUACCACAGCCAAAGAUCUGUUCCACCUCAACUUUAGCAUCAUGCCAUCCACAACAGUUUGGGUGGUCCUAACUGUAGUUGGGGCCAUUACGUACCUAUAACAGUAACUCAAUUAGCCUAUUUUAGGUAUGUCGGACAAAAUAGGAGUGUGCUUUUUGGUUUGGGUAAAUACAAAAGACUUUACCCAAUUACAAAAGACUUCACCGAAAUCAAACAGCGCCUUCCUAUUAUGUCUGUCACAUCUCAAAUAGGCUAAUAAUGGUGCUAUUGUGUUCUUGAGCGAAACAGCUCAGUGCAACAAUCCUAAAGCCAAACAUCACUGGUUAUUAUUAUGAGAAUAUUGUGUGUGCUCUUCCGGUAGUUAAGGUGCAAAGCAUUGAAAAGUGUUUGUUAUGAAUUUUGUAAUUUAUGCAGGGCAUUAACAAGUUAGCAGUUAGAAUCAGUACACGGACCUCAGUAAAAGGGUCCAUGCGAUGAAAUUUUCUUGGAAACAUAUUUUGUGCAACUUUCUACUCUUAAAUGUAUGAAAACUAUUUGACAUCCUUUUUGGUUGAUUUUAUUGAAAAAUGCACUUCUUUGAACAUUUGAAAUUGUACAUGCUUUUCCAGACAACUAAUGCGCUGGUGUUGUGAUGUCAUUCCAGGAAGAUACUGUUCAGUUUAGGGGGUUUGUUUCAAAUUGUGCAUCCAAAAUUUGCUCAUUGAAAACAUUUGUUAGAAAGUGUUGCUCAUUGGCUGAAUGCCAUGUGCUUACACGACGAAACACCAAAAUAUCCCAAUUUUUAGCAACUUUUUGUGCUGAAAUAGCUGUAACAUUGAGGUCUCUGCCCGGAAUGACAUCACAGCUUUGCUCAUGAAUAGGGAAAUUUACAACACGCAAGGAGCAAAGCCAGCGACCUGUUCGCAGCGAGAGGGGCUGGAAAUAGGAGUGUGGUGCCCGAGGAUGAUGGCUUCAACCCACCUGGCUUGAGGUCGAGUGAAAAUUAGUCCCAUGCUUCGUUCUGUUCUUGUCAAAAUAAUCCCAGCGCGAACUGGUGAAAAAUGGCAAAGCAAUAAUUGCAAGCCAGGUCAAAUGGGACACGAAGAUGUGAGAUUUUCAAUCUCACAUCUUAUUUCGCUCGGUUGCCACUGUUUUGAACCCUGGUCUGAAGCAGGGUUGGGUUCAGCCCGGGGCAAAAUCAAUCUCAGGGCAAAUGCAGGGUUGAAAAUUGUUGUCAACCCAACGAUUUGUUAUGUGUGAAAAGGCCUAAAAGUGCAUUUUCAAGGAUUGCAUU